GGCGCCUCGUCGCGCAGCGCUAUUUUCACAACAACAGGCUUUUUAAGGGUCAGGCUGGUCAGGCGGGGUUUAGUUUUGGGGGUAUUGGGGUGGGAACAGCGAGUGUUUGCAGCUUCGUUUCGCUCCCAAUUCAGCAGAGACGCCCGACGGUUCAUCAUCAGCGGCGUUUACCGUUAACAGGGGACUGACUGGCGGCGUCGGCGCCAAAAGAGAGAGAGAGAGAGAGAGAGAGAUAUAUAUCAGUCAGCCAGCGGCCCACACACAGCGAAUAAAGCUCAACUGGCAGCGUGAAAUAUAAAUAAUAAUAACAAUAAUAAUAAAAAUCCAAAGUGAUGCUUUUUCUAAUAACCUUCCCUAUGGAGCAUAAGUGAGCACCUGCUAGCCGCCGCUGGAGCUGAAGACGGGCGGAUGCAGAAAAGAUGGACGCCUGCACAGCCAGCGUUUGGCCUCGUCUGGAGCCCUUCCUGCUCGGGGCGCUGCAGGUGGCGCCUCCGAGCAAACUGAGCAUGCACUACCUGCGCAAGAUGGCCUGCUACGUGCGCACUCGAGAGGGCUGCUUCCCCCGGCUGGGCUGGCACAUGUGGCGCCACAUUGCGUGUGGAAAGCUGCAGCUGGCCGAGGAGCUGGCUUGGCUCUACUUCGAGACGUUUGACCUGCUGACGCCACGCAGUCCAGAGGAGAAGCUGGAGUGGGCCGAGGCUCUGUCUCAGAGUCAGUCUCCGCGCGAGCUUGACCGACAGCGCAGCAAGCUGUAUGUGGACACUCUGCAGUUCCUGCUCUUCCUGUACCUUCAGCAGCUGAACCGCGUGUCUCUGCGCACCUCUCUGAUUGGGGAAGAGUGGCCGAGCCCCCGCGCCCGCUCCCCCUCGUCCUCUUCGGAAAGAGAGGCCAAAACCAGCUCCUCCAAUAAGAACUGGGAUGACCAGGCACACCUGACCUUCAUGCAGACACACCUGUUUGAGCUGUUGGAGCUUCUAGUGGAACCAGGCGAGCUGAGCGGAUCAGGGCAGGCACUGCGGGACAGCCAGCUGUCGGCCGAGGCCGUGCAGGCGCUGAGCCUGCUGCUGGAGGGCUCCGCCAGCCGUGGCCGCACUGUGCACCCAUUCCACCGACUGCUGGGCCGUGCGCCGCUCCAGGCUCAGGCGGGCUACUCCAAACUCAGCCGCUCGUACUCACUGCAGCAGCUACAGAACUGGCUGCGCCAGACCCUCACCCUCAACCCCUUCGGCAUGUCCACCUGCCUGCGCUCGGGCAAGAAGCUGGCCUGGGCCCUGCAAGUGGAGGGUGCAAUGAAGAGAGCCAAGAUAGCCCGGAACACUCACAUGGCCCCUCCGGGCAGCAGGGUGGUCCUGAUGUCUCAGGUUUACAAACAGACGCUGGCCAAAGACUCGGAGAAGCUGGCUGGCGCAAACGUGAAACUGCACCGCUGCAGCGAGGCUUUCAUCUACCUGCUGUCUCCUCUCAGGUCAGUGACGCUGGACAAGUGCCGCAACAGCACAGUUGUUUUGGGCCCGGUGGAGACCAGCGUCCACGUUCAGAGCUGUGAGAAUGUUCGGCUGGUGUGUGUAGCUGGCCGGCUGGCUAUUGGGGCUUCCUCCAGCUGCACCGUCCAUGCACUCACGCCCACCCGCCCACUCCUGCUGCCUGGCAACACGGCCCUCACUCUGGGCCCCUUCCACACGCACUACCCCACCCUGGAGGACCACAUGGCCAGCGUGGGUCUGGCUGUCGUUCCCAACCUGUGGGACCAGCCACUGCUGUACAGCCCAGACGGUCCGGCUCCUGACCCGUCCUGUUACCGUAUCCUCACACCAGAAGAGUUCUGCACCCUGGUGGUGCCCUUCCAGAUGGAGGGGGACACCUGCGAAGUCCCGGGGGGGCUGCCCCCUGCGUACCAGCAGGCGGUGGAGGCCCGUGCGCAGAGGGUGCAGGAGUGGCAAAGAACGGUGAAGGAUGCACACCUCAACAAGGAGCAGCGGCGGCAGUUUCAGGCCCUGGUGGAGCAGAGGUUUCACCAGUGGCUGCUGGAGACCGGUAAGAGGCAGGAGCUGGACACCUUACUACCCCCGACCAUCGGUCAGCCCAACCCCACUGACCACUCACAGUCUACCUGUAGCUCCAAUCCUUCUCUUCAGCACCAGAAAGACCAGAUGUCCCAACAGGCAGCAGGAGGGACGCCCACAGUUUGCUGAGUCUAUAGUGGACCUGCCUCCUGGACUUCGCUUCUGCUGUUUGCCUUUGCUUAUUGCUGGGGCAGAGGAUGUUUUCUCUGACCUGAUCCUAGAUCAGCACUGUGGGGUACGACAGGCUGCAGAGAUCGCAGUCGUACGGCACUCAGGACACCUUGCGUAUAUUAUAUGAUGCAGAAAUCCAACGCUGGAUGAUUCAUUAUUGAAACGAAUCGUCUUAAACAAUGAAAUAGAGUAAAUGUCUUGAAAUAUAUGCUGGAUUAGUAGCUGCAGAGCAGGUCUGGUACGAUUCCCUUAUGCUGUAAGCGCCGGUGCCUUUUUAGUUUAUUGUUACAAGCAGGUUUUACAGUAAUAUGUACUGCUACUUGAGUAUUACCUUCACCUCUAAGAGGAUGAUGGUCUAUUUAGUGCUGAAUUAACAAACUGGGAAGGAGUAAAGGGAACGUUCUCUGCUACAGUGCGAGAAGACUGGCCUGAAACCACCCACAUAUGCUUUUGUAGCUACUGCUGCUAGAUUGGGCCAGUUUUACUGAGUCUUGGCAAAAGUCUCGCUCAACCUAUAUAGAACCAUCUGCAGCGCGUUCUCCAUCUGUCUGAAAAACGCUUUCGUGAUACAUAGAACCCUUUAAUCAUGCAAAAAGAAAGGAUUCUUUUGAGUGUUCAUGGUUCUGUAUAGAACUAUGUUCUUUACUAAAGAACCCUUGAAGAACCAUCUUUAUUAAGUGUAGUUGAAGUGAGCAGAAACAGUCCAGCUUGGCUGAAUGCAUUCUAAACUGGAAACUCGACAUUACGGAGCGACUCAUUUACAUUUACGGCAUUUGUCCGACGCUCUUAUCCAGAGCAACUUACAGUUUGAUCAUUUUACACAAGUAGGUGAAGGUGGUGUUGGGAGUCUUGCCCAAGGACUCUUAUUGGUAUAGUGUAGGGUGCUUACCCAGGUGGGGGAUUGAACCCUAGUCUACAGAGUAGGAGGCAGAGGUGUUAACCACUACACUAACCAACCACCGGCUCGAAACGUUGUGAUGGUUGUCCGGCCCCUACCUCAUCACUCUGAGGCAGGGGCAUCCCAGCUUGCUCGAAGCUCCGAAUAAUAAUAAUAAUAAUAAUAAUAAUAAUAAUAAUAAAUGAAAAAUGUCUUGCUGCAGUUUCUCAUUAGGUGAAAUGGGAUUUUUCCCCCAUAGUUCUAUAAAGCUUGUCCAACCUAGCAACAGUUGCUUAGAGUGAAUGCAUUUGUGGGCAGAGCAUGGAGAGGUCAUUUGCCUUUGGUAUAGGAUUGUACAGAGAGAUUCAUUCGAAAGAGGCCCUGAAUAUUUUGCUGUAACUCCCGUUAGGAUGAAGCAAUCUGAAC